AUGAAGGCCUCCGCGUUGCUGAUCUCAUGGCACAAUGACAAUGUCCCCAUCUAUUCCGUCCAUUUCGACCCCAAUGGCAAAGGUCGCUUAGCUACCGCUGGCAAUGACAACAACGUUCGACUUUGGCGAGUCGAAUCCACCGGCGAAGAACGAAAGAUCACAUACCUGAGCACCCUCAUAAAGCACACCCAAGCAGUCAAUGUGGUACGAUUCAGCCCGAAAGGGGAGAUGCUCGCAUCUGCCGGAGACGAUGGGAACGUUCUGCUUUGGGUGCCGUCGGAGCUCCAAACCCAGUCGGGCCUUGGGGAGGAUUCAUCCGAUGACAAGGAGACCUGGCGAGUGAAGCAUAUGUGCCGCUCAUCCGGGGCCGAAAUCUACGAUUUGGCAUGGCAAAUGGUACGGCAGAUUGCCGAACACUCGCACUAUGUUCAGGGCGUUGCAUGGGAUCCGCUCAAUGAAUUUGUCGCCACGCAGUCCUCAGAUCGAUCGGUCCACAUCUACAGCUUGAAGACCAAGGAUGGCCAGUUCACCUUGACCCCGCACGGCAAGGUCCUCAAGAUGGACCUGCCAGCCAAGCGCAUCUCCUCAAGUAGUCCCGCUCCUCCAGACCCCGCCAACAAAUCCCAGCAGGCCAUGAACAGCUCAAUUGCUAUUGCAUCCCCCGCGCCUUCUACCCCCGGUACACCAAUGGCUUCUAACUUGCCAAUGGAUCCUCCCCCGGUCUCUCACAGCCGACGUUCAUCAUUUGGCUCUUCGCCGUCGAUCCGACGCUCGGCUUCUCCAGCUCCUUCCCUUCCUCUCCCUGCUGUGAAGCCCAUGGAGGUUUCAUCUCCAAGUCUUUUUGGCGGACUCGGAGUAAAGAAUGCCAGCAUUUACGCCAACGAGACAUUUACUUCCUUCUUCCGCCGGUUGACGUUUGCUCCCGACGGAAGCUUGCUAUUCACACCAGCAGGUCAAUUCAAGACGACUCAUGUCUCACCUACCGACUCAACCAAAACGAUGGAUGAGAUCAUCAACACCGUCUACGUUUACACGCGGGCCGGCUUUAACAAGCCGCCAAUUUCUCAUCUUCCGGGCCAUAAGAAGCCUUCUGUCGCUGUGAAAUGUUCUCCAAUAUACUACACCCUCAAGCAAGGAACCCAGGCUGCGAAGAAUCUCACCGUGGAUACUUCGACUGGCGAGUCUAUGUUCCCUCCCUUGCCUGACCCUGUUGUUCCGGGUGGGGGUAUUACCAGCCAACCACAUAUGGAUCCCCCAUCUUCAACCCCUGCGAGCAGCGAUGCGCAGAAAUCCCAAAAGUCUCCAGAAAAUAACACUAAUGAUGGAGGCCAGUCUCCAGCGCCAGUUUUUGCUCUGCCAUACCGUAUGGUAUACGCUGUAGCCACCCAAGAUGCCGUUCUUGUCUACGAUACGCAACAACAAACGCCCUUGUGUGUGGUCAGCAACUUGCAUUUUGCAACAUUCACUGAUUUGAGUUGGUCAAAUGACGGCUUGACCUUGAUUAUGGGCUCAUCCGAUGGCUUCUGUUCUGCGCUUUCCUUUUCCCCUGGUGAACUUGGCCAGAUCUACACAGGACCGACCGGGCCUAGUUCGAACACUGUCAAUCCGGGCCCAGCAUUAACGAACAACACCCCACUUCCUACACCGACACAUGCUCCAUCGCCUGUAAAGCCAACGCAUGCUCAUUCUGGGAGCAGCGGCGGGCCAACGGCUGCUAAUCCUGGACCCGCGGGAGGGCCAGCUCCUCCUGCUAGUCCUGCACGAUCCAACUCGGUUUGCUCGGUGGCUACUCAAGCCUCGGCCCAACCGCAAGCCCCUGUAGUCAACAACCCGACCCCGAUACUUGGCUCGGUCCCUCUAGUGACAGCAACACAUUCAGCGCAGCCCUCUGGACUGCCUCUCACCACCCCGCCACAAACUCCACUGCCAUUAACAGGGGGGACGAGUACUUCUACUGGUAGCGUCCUCGGCAAGCGAGACAUGCGAACAGCAAGCGAGUCCGAAAAAGAAGACAGCAAAGGACCGGACUCGGCGGUUCCAGCUCAACAACCGAAGAAGCGCAGAAUUGCUCCUACUCUUGUCUCGGUCGACUCAGCGUCACCAAAAGAAGACUCCGUGUCAUGA